AUGGUUGUCCGUGAGGAUGAAAGUGAAGCGGAUAUUUGUGCAGACAGUGAUGGUUUAAACAGUCUUCAUGAUUUUGAUGAGGAUGAAGUUAAAAAUUAUCCAUUGUUUGAUCCAAAGAAGGAUUUUGAAAACCUAGAGUUGAAGCUUGGUUUAGUUUUUAACUCAAAAAAAGAAGCAAAAUUCACAAUUGAAAGUCAUUGCAUUAGACAAGGAAGACCUGUGAAGUUUGUAAAAAAUGAUAAUAUUCGGCUUUGGGCUAAGUGCAAUGAUGAUAAUUGCUGUUGGAUGAUCCAUGUUGCGAAGAUGACUAAUGAUAACUGUUGGCAAGUAAGAAAUUUUGAUGGAUGUCACAGUCAUUGUGUUCGGGAUUUUAAAAACAAGUGUGUCAACUCAACAUGGUUGGGAAAAACUUUUGCUAAAAAAUUCAGCACAAAUCCUAAAUUGGGACACUUGGAGUUUAGGGAAGAGAUUUCUACCAUCCUGCAAUCAGAUUUUUCGAGGAAGACUGCCUACAUGGCUAAGAGAAAGGCGCUGAAAUUGGUGCAAGGUUCUGUCGAGGAGCAAUUUCAGCAAAUAAGGAAGUAUUGUGUUGAAUUGAAAAGAUCUGACGUUGGGGCUACUAUAGUUUUGAAGUUGACGGAGGAUGAUGAAGGUCCAAGGUUUCAGAGAUUAUAUGUUUGUUUUUCAGCGUGUAAGCAAGGAUUUAAGAAUGCUUGUCGGCGUAUCAUUGGUGUUGAUGGAUGCUUCUUAAAGGUAGAACAUGGUGGGCAAUUGUUAUCGGCCGUGGGGCUAGAUCCAAAUAAUAAUAUAUUUCCAAUAUGUUACGCAAUGGUUGAGCGUGAAACAAAAGAUAGUUGGACAUGGUUUCUUCGCCUCUUAGAUGAAGACAUUGGUAUUAGCAAUGAUCCACAUACCUGGGCAUUUAUGUCAGAUAAGCAAAAAGGUUUGAUUCCUGCACUUGAAUCAUUGUUUCCUGAUGUUGAACAUAGAUUUUGUGUGAGACAUUUAGAGAGCAAUAUGAAACGUGAUGGAUUCAAGAGUGUAGCGAUUAAGAUCGCCUUUUGGGCUGCAGCAAAGGCAACAAGAAUUGAAGAGUUUCAAGUGCACAUGGCUGAGUUAAAAGACAUUGAUGCAAAAGCAUAUGGAUGGUUGGUGAACAAACCUGAAAGCCAGUGGUGUAAGGCAUAUUUCAGCACCACUUCUAAAUCAGACAUCUUGUUGAACAACAUGUGCGAAAGUUUUAACAGCUUUAUAUUAGAUGCUAGGGAGAAGCCAAUAAUUGAGAUGUUUGAGAUAAUACGAAAUCUUUUGAUGGGCAGAUUUCAAAAAAAUAGAGAGAGGGCUGAGAAAUGGAAAGGUCGAAUUUGUUCAAAGAUCAGAGAUGUGCUAGAAAAGAUCUAUGUGGAGGCUAUUAGGUAUUCCCCCAUGAAAUCAGAUGAAAUGCACUACCAGAUAACAAGGUCAGAUGAUAGACGUGAUCAACAUUCGGUUGAUCUGUUGAGCAGGUCUUGUAGUUGUAGGAAAUAUGAUUUGACAGGCAUUCCUUGCAAGCACGUUGUAUGCGCCAUUUGGUGCAAAAAAGAUGAUCCAGAGGCAUAUGUCCAUCCUUAUUACUUGGUAGAGACAUAUAAAAGAUGUUAUGCAGCACGAAUAAUGCCUAUCAAUGGACCAGACUUGUGGCCUCAAUGUGAUUUGACGCCCCCACUACCCCCAGUAUACAAAGAAAAAGUUGGAAGACCUGCAAAAUUGCGAAGAAGGGAACCAGAUGAACCACCCCCUUCUGAAAAUAAGUUGAGAGGUGUAAAAAAAUUUACAAAAUGCAAAUUAUGCGGUGGAUCAGGACACAACAAAAGGACUUGUAACCGGACUGAAAAUGUCCAACACCAAGAAGCUGUACAACAAGAGCCCAUGACACAACAAAGUGCUAUUUUACCAAAUAAUAAUUUGGAUCCAACUAGAAAAGAAAAACUACAGGUGAAAAGAGCACGGCAAGUUGGAGUUAAUAUUGAAGGGAAUUCAGGUUCAAUAUCUUUGAUAAAUGUUAACCAAUCAUUGAAUAUUCAUACACCUGCUUUUUUUAAAGACGGUGUCAGCUUUACAACAGUCUCACGAUUGCAAGCUUCUGCUGGUGUUCGAGGUAGAGUUGAACAGUCAUCGUCUUUGCCAGCAAAUCCCAUGGUCAAGUCUAAUUCUUCUCAGGAAUCUUUUAAGAAGAAGUGA